AUGGCUCCCAUUGUGAGCGUCGUGACGACGAUGACGACGAUGAUGACGAUGACGACGACGACAACGGCCACGGCCACGGUCACGGUGGCCGCCGUCGUCGGGGGUGGCGGCGGAGACAUCAGCACCUGGGUCCGGCGCCAGGAGCAGCUGCAGGACCAGCAGCGGGAGCAGGAGCAGCAACAGCAGCAGGAGCAGCAGGAGCGCCAGGAGGAGCGGCGGGGGUGGGAGCGGGAGGAGGAGGAGAGGAGGGACCGGGCUGGCCACCCGGUCCCGGGCUUCGAAAUGAGGCCCAUCGAGAUCGAGUCGGCCGGGGCCUGGGCCAGGGCCACCACCACCGCCACCCACGACGCUGGGUAA